UUUAACCCAUUCUGACUGAAGAUGGCUGCAGGCAAAGCUAAAAUCGGACAUCUGGCUCCAGACUUCACAGCAAAAGCCAUGAUGCCAGAUGGAGACUUUAAAGACCUGAAGCUGUCGGAUUACAGAGGGAAGUAUGUUGUGUUUUUCUUCUACCCGCUGGACUUCACCUUCGUGUGUCCGACUGAGAUCAUCGCCUUCAGCGAUGCGGCUGACGAAUUCAGGAAAAUUGACUGUGAAGUCAUCGCUGCUUCUGUAGACUCCCACUUCUCCCACUUUGCCUGGACCAACACGCCACGUAAACAGGGCGGCCUGGGUUCCAUGAAGAUCCCUCUUGUGUCCGACAUACGGCGCACCAUCUCCACAGACUACGGCGUGCUGAAGGAGGACGAAGGCAUCGCCUACAGGGGUCUGUUCAUCAUCGACGGUAAGGGCGUGCUGAGACAGAUCACCAUCAAUGACCUCCCAGUGGGACGCUCAGUUGAUGAGACCCUGCGUUUGGUUCAAGCUUUUCAGUUCACUGACAAACAUGGAGAAGUCUGCCCAGCCGGCUGGAAACCAGGAAGUGACACCAUCAAGCCUGACGUCCAGAAGAGCAAAGAUUUCUUCUCCAAGCAGUAAUAAAGCCAAGGCGAGAGUCUGCUGCCUGCUGUAGGAGAUUUCAUUUUGUGAUUAGAUUUCCACUAAGAACAAGUCAGCCUUUYGUAUUUUGUGUAUCCUCUGUUUGUAGGAUAAACUGUGCACUCCUGUGGACCAAAGUAUAAUAAUUAUAUUGUGGUAGUGUACGUCAGGCUUAUUACAGUCUCACUGUUGUUAUGGUGACAGUAACUAAGACCACCUGUACUCAGUGUUUUAUUGUUCAGUACAGUGAAGAACAAACAUUCCAUUUAAUAAAUGUUUUAUAGUAUUGAGUAAAAGAACAUGUUACUUAUUUUUAAUGCCAGGCUUUACAGAUGGACCUGGUCAAACAAAAUAAAAAUGUUGAAGACUCGU